AUGGCACGAACUCGAUCCUCUCGAGACUCGGCAAAGUCUACCCCUCAAUCUGCAACCAAGGCUGGAAGCAAGCGCUCCGCGGGACCUUCAGCAUCUCCACCUCGAAAGCGAGGUCGUCCCUCUAAGAAGGAGCAGAAGACCAUUGAGGAGACUAUGGACAUCGCCGACGACCAAAUCGAAGACGACAAGGACGUUGCAGAGCAGAUCAAUGAUGAUGCCACAACCGAGAGGAAGUCUGAAAGUAAGGAGAUCAUGAAUGGUCACCAUCAAGAACACAACGGAAAUGACGAUGCUACGAAGAACGAGUCAAAGACCGCGAAUGGGCUCAACGAUGGAGAGAAGAACGCUUUUGACGAGAUUAAAGGUGAUGCCAAUGAGGUCAAGGAGGCUGCCAAGGAAGAGCAAGACAAGAAGACCGAGGACAUCGCUCAACAUAAUGAGUCUGUCAUCACAGAUGAGAAGCGUGAAGCUGCGAUUCCCUCCUCUAUCUUAGAGAAAGGCGUCGUAUACUUCUUCUUCCGCGGCCGAGUCGGCGUCGAGGAUCCUCAAGGUAUUGAAGACGUCGCUCGCAGCUAUCUCGUUCUACGUCCUCUACCGCUCGGUGCCAAGAUCGGCGAAGGUCCCUUAGAGGAUUCUGGAAAUGCCAGAUUGUUGGCACUGCCAAAGAAGAUGUUGCCGAAGAACAAGCAGGAUCGGUUCUUGAUGUUUGUUGAGAAGACGAAUCAAUUCAUCAAGGAUUUGAGAGAGCAGUUCGCUGGCAAUGAGUACGCUACGAAGACCAGCGGCACCAGCAAUACACCUGCUGCUACGCCGUUCGCUGAGGGUAUCUAUGCUAUCACCAGCACUGGCCGAGAGUCGCAUUUGGCGUAUCAUAUUACUGUCCCAGAGAAAAUUGGUGAGGUUCAGAAGGAACUUGGUAUCAAUCUAAAGGGUAGCUAUGUCGUCUCGGCAAAGAACCCCAACGCUCCAGGUCCUGCCAAUGCUACGCUCAGCAACCCAGCCCAGUACCCUGAGAGCAUCCAAAAGAAGUUCCGCAAUCUUCGCUGGAUGCCACUUGAGCCUGAACUCCUCAACUACGAGAAUACUCAAUUCCUCGUUAUCGGUGAAGGCAUGGGAGAUACGGGACGUGCUACCGAAGAGAUGAGUAAGGAUAAAAAGGAUGACGAGAAGGAGACGCCAUCCGAGGAGCUGGAGAAAUUGGAGGAGGAAGAUCAUGACCGCGUUGAGGGGUUGAAGGAGGAUGAUCCUGUCUUUGCGGACUUGGGAUUGAGCUCCAAGGAGUAUCAUAAGUUGCAGACGACUUGGUAG